AUUCCUGUUCUCAUUCCGAGCAUUCUUCGCAUCUCUGUCCGUGCGUUGUCGAUUCACGUACACAUAUCUGGCUGACCCAGAAACACAACAAUAACUUUACACAGUUUACAAAAACUAUAAUAUCCCACAUUAGACAAACAAAGGGGGACGAAUUUUAUUACAAAUAACAAUAACGGAGGUGUUUGAGUUGGCUCAGCCGGGAGUUGGAGAUUUCAGUGGAACAUUUUCGGAGCAGUGCAAAAACAUUCUGCUGAAAGACUUGUUGCUCCAACACCUUUGAUCGUGUAUUUUAUCCAUCGCACUUUGAAGUCACUAUCUCUCCCUACUGUGCUCCAGGCUUCGGCUUGGAGAUCCCAAGCACCACCAUGGACCCCAGCAGCUGGAGCGGCAGCGAGAGCCCUGCCGAGGACAUGGAGCGGAUGAGCGAUUCGGCAGACAAGCCCCUUGACAAUGACGCCGAGGGGGUGUGGAGCCCCGACAUCGAGCAGAGCUUUCAGGAGGCGCUGGCCAUCUAUCCCCCCUGUGGGCGCAGGAAGAUCAUUCUAUCUGACGAGGGAAAGAUGUACGGUCGGAAUGAGCUGAUAGCGCGAUACAUCAAGCUUCGGACUGGGAAGACGAGGACGAGGAAGCAGGUGUCUAGUCACAUUCAGGUUCUUGCCAGAAGGAAAUCUCGUGAGUUUCAUUCCAAGCUAAAGGUUACAAGCAUGGAUCAGACCGUGAAGGACAAAGCCCUCCAAAGCAUGGCCUCCAUGUCAUCGGCUCAGAUUGUUUCUGCCACCGCCAUCCACAACAAGCUGGGCCUGCCAGGCAUCCCGCGCCCAGCCUUCCCCGGAGCGGCAGGGUUUUGGCAGGGCAUGAUAUCGACAGCCCAACCUGGAUCAUCACAAGACAUCAAGCCGUUCACCCAACAAGCAUAUCCUAUCCAGCCAGGAGUAACAACAACGAUUUCCAGCUAUGAGCCCACGUCAGCCCCAGCCUCCACAGUCCCAGCGUGGCAUGGCCGCUCCAUCGGGACAUCCAAGCUCCGGCUGGUGGAGUUCUCUGCCUUCCUUGAGCAGCAGAGAGACCAAGACUCAUACAACAAGCACCUCUUUGUGCACAUCGGACAGACGAACCACUCCUACAGCGAUGCCUUGCUGGAGUCAGUGGACAUUCGUCAGAUUUAUGACAAAUUCCCUGAAAAGAAAGGAGGACUGAAGGAGCUCUUUGGCAAGGGUCCCCAGAAUUCCUUCUUCCUCAUAAAAUUUUGGGCUGACUUGAACUGCAACAUCCAGGAUGAAGCGGGGGCUUUCUAUGGAGUGACCAGUCAGUAUGAGAGCUCCGAGAACAUGACAAUCACCUGCUCAACUAAGGUGUGCUCCUUUGGCAAGCAGGUGGUUGAGAAGGUGGAGACGGAGUAUGCCCGGUUUGAGAACGGACGCUUUGUGUACAGGAUAAGCCGGUCUCCCAUGUGUGAAUACAUGAUCAACUUUAUCCACAAGCUCAAACACCUGCCUGAAAAAUACAUGAUGAACAGUGUCCUGGAGAACUUCACCAUUCUAUUGGUGGUGACGAACAGGGACACACAGGAGACUCUGCUGUGUAUGGCGUGUGUGUUUGAGGUGUCGAACAGCGAGCACGGUGCGCAGCAUCAUAUCUACCGACUGGUGAAGGAAUGAGACUCCUGAACCCCCUGGAUCCUCCCUUUACAUAGACUAAAGAACCUCAAAACAAAGUGACAGUGCCUCUAGCUGAAAAUCACACAUGCACUGCUUUUCGGUCACAUUUUGUGAGUCAUUGUUAGUCAUUUCUUUGUAUAUUAAUGUAUGUAUUUGAUGUUUGACUGCAGCUGUGAAUUGCGGUACAGUUGUUCUAUGUUUUGAUACAGGAGAAAUUCUUCAUUUUAAGGAUGGCGAGUCAAUCUUUGUUUGUAGGAUGUACAUAUAUAAGAGGCAGUAUGUAAGGAAUCUGUUGGUUGGGUUUAAUUUGGUCAGCAGACAUUAUGUGUAUGUUGUCUUCUUUCGCUUUGAUCUUGUAAUGUACACUUAGAAAACACUAGAAAGAUGUUGUCUUUUCCCCAUUGGUUCUGUAAACUACAUGUAUAUCCGUAGUUGAUUUGUGAGCGUAUAGGUCACAGGAGGUUGGUGGCACCUUAAUCGGGGAGGACGGGCUCGUGGUAAUGACUGGAGUGGAAUCAGUGGAAUGGU